UCCUCCUCCUCCGGCUCUUCCUCCACGGUGACGGCCCCGGCCCCUUCGACGUCCUCCUCCACCGAGAGCCCCCCUUCCUCCUCCCUGUUGUCCUCCCCCGACGCCGAGCAGAGGAGCCAGCCAGCCGCCGGCGCCGCUGCCGCCGCCACUCCCCCGCAGCCUGAGCCGGCUCAGUCUGAGCCCAGGCGUCGCGGGGUGCCGGUAAGUGUAGUGUGUAGGCGUUUGCAGCGGCUGCUUCUGAUGGCUGACCACCCGGGACGGGACGAGAGACCGCCCCCCCGGCCCCACCCUGAGCGAUCCUCCACCAGGGGGGCAGCACUGACCACCCCCCCAGCAGAUUCCCCCUCCUCCGUGGUUAACAAACAGCUUGGAUCCAUGUCUCUCGAUGAGCAACAGGGUAGUACAGAAGGUGCCAGUCCCCGCAGUGGGACAGCGGAGCCAGUUCUGAGCUUGCACUACAGCACGGAGGGUACCACAACCAGCACCAUCAAACUGGACUUCACUGACGAGUGGUAUGUGCCAGGGGGGUGCUGACAUUCACUCUUCAGCUAGGGGAUGUGAUGUACUCUUUCU